UCUGCCAUCUCCCCCUCUUUUCUCACUCUCUGUGUUCCCUUCCUCUCCCCUUUUUCUCGUAUUUGAUUCUUUCCAGCCUCCCCGUUCCUCCUUUUACCCACAAUCUGCUUCUUGUAUCCAUCCAUCACGCUCUAAGCGGAGAGGAGAGGAGUGGAGUAUGAACGCACGCGGGAGGAGAGGAGAGAAAAGCGAGCGCGAGAGGGGAAAGACGGCACAGCGUUUCGUGAAGAGCAAGGGCGAACGAGCCUCUCUCUCUCUCUCUUUACCUCAGUUUGCUUUUUUUUUUUACAUGUGAAAGUGUGCGGGUAUCUCACAUCUGUAUCGGCUGAGUUGUCGCUCGCGUGGAUACGGCGAGGAGCGUGAUGCACCGGGCGCGUGAUGGUUUGGUUGGACUAGCGCGGGAAGCGCGAGACUAGAAGAAGCUGGCGUUUACACUCUCCGUCGACUCGGGAUCAACGACAACAUCUUCUCCAGCCCUCUCUGACCCGCCUCCCUCUCUCUCUCUCUCUCUCUCUCUCUCUCUCUCUCUCUCUCUCUCUCUCUCUCUCUCACACACACACUCACUCACUCACUCACUCACUCACUCACUCACACACACACACACACACACACACACACACACACACACACACACUCAUGUACGGCUGGAUGUUGUGUCGUUUGGCUACGUGAGGUGCUAAGAAUCGCCUUUGGAUGUCCAGUGACCGUGUGUGUAUGUGUUUAUGGGGGAUGGGAUAGUUUUUAAGAUUCGUACCGUUUGCGUUUCAUUUUUAGUUUUAAUUUGAAUAGCUUUAUUGGCGUGACUCUUAGGUAGCAAUACUUUACUGCCAAACUUGUUUCAGAAAUGUGUGCUGUUUUGCUCUGGGCAUUGUCUUAUCUUUUAAACAAGUGGGAGAAAGUUAGAGAGAGAUUUUUAGAUGUAAAAGGAGAAGCAGAGGAGGGAGAUGGUGUAGAGAAGGAGGAUCCUGGCAUUUGGAGGGGCUGAAGUGAUGGAGUGGGUGGAGAGACAGACGGAGGGAAACCCUUGGGCAGCAUCUUCCACUCCAUUGCCACCCUCUCACACUGCUUAACUGGAGCAAGAUCUGUUCUUCCUUCACUCAGUGAUGAGACAGUUUGGCUAUGAUGUCAGGGGGUGUGUGCGUGUCAGCGAUGGACCUGAAGGAGGGCUGUGGAAGCGAGGCCAGCCGUGAGACCGAGAGCGGAGGCAUGGGGAGCCUGGGAGGCCCCACGUCUUGGCAGUCCUUCGCCCAUCGCAGCACCCUGCACGGUUUACGCUUCAUCUUCCCCUACUCUUCCUCCUCCUCUCACCGCUCCACUUCACGCCGUCUGCUCUGGAGCGCGGCCUUGCUGGCCAGCCUGGUUCUGCUCGUCCUGGAGAGCACAGAGAGGCUGGCUUACUUCCUCUCGUACCCCCACGUCACGAGUGUGGAUGCUGUGGUUUCUGGCAGCCUAGUGUUUCCCGCCGUCACCGUCUGCAAUCUGAACGCCUACCGUUUCACACGUCUCACGCAGAACGACCUCUACCACGCUGGGGAACUGUUGGCCCUGCUGGACGUGCAUCUGCAGAUCCCUGAGCCGCACCUGGCCGAGCCCCACGUGCUGGCCUUUCUCACAGAUAAAUCCAACUUCACUAACUACCGGCCCAAGCCCUUCAGCAUGCGGGAGUUCACUGAACGAGUGGGCCACGACCUGAAGGAGAUGAUGCUCUACUGCCGUUUCCAGGGCCAGGAGUGCAACCACCAAGACUUCAAAACGGUGUUUACACGUUAUGGGAAGUGUUAUAUGUUUAACGCUGCAGAAGAAGGGAAGACUUUGAGAACUACAAUGAAAGGAGGCACAGGCAACGGUCUGAGUCAUGCUGACAUCCAACAAGAUGAAUACCUGCCUGUUUGGGGAGAAACAGAUUCAUUAGCAUUUGAAAGUGGAGUCCUGAUCAGUAGACCUCGCUUUGUACAUGAGCUGGGCUUUGGAGUCGCCCCAGGCUUUCAGACCGUCGUUGCUGCCAGGAGCAAGAGGUGACUGACAUACCUUCCUCCUCCGUGGGGCGAGUGUGUGUCCAGAGCCCUGGAUUCAGGCCUCUUUCAGGUGUACAGUGUGUCUGCCUGCCGUGUUCGAAAGUGUGAGACGCGCUACAUGUGAGAUAACUGCAACUGCAGGAUGGUCUACAUGCCUGGUACGUGAUUCUUCGUGUACUGCACUCCUGAACAAUAUAAGGACUGUGCUGAACCUGCUCUGGCUGCUCUGUCAGCUGUUGAAGGCACAAACUGCAUCUGCAGGAGCCCGUGUAACAUGACUCGAUACAACAAAGAGCUUUCCAUGGUCAAGAUCCCUAGUAAAACUUCUGCACGCUAUCUGGAGAAGAAGUUCAACCGGUCAGAGAAGUACAUCACGGACAAUAUCCUUGUUCUGGAUGUGUUCUUUGAGGCUUUGAAUUAUGAGACCAUAGAGCAGAAGAAAGCAUACGAGGUGGCGGGUCUACUAGGUGAUAUUGGUGGUCAGAUGGGCUUGUUUAUCGGUGCAAGUAUCCUGACCAUACUGGAGCUAUUUGAUUAUGCAUACGAGGUGGUGAAGGAGAGACUGCUGGACCUGCUGAACCGAGAGGAGGAGGAAGAGAGUCAUGGAGAGGAUGUGAGUACCUGUGAUCCGGUGGUAAACCAUUCGAGUCAAUUAGCCACACGGUCAGCGUUCCUCCAGACCACCCUGGGCACGCUAGAGGAGAUUGCCUGCUGAGCACCGUAAACCCCUCCAGACCUACAGGGGGAGCCGGGCCACUCCACUCUAAUGGGUGAAGGACAGAGUAAAACGAGGGAAAAGUCUCUGUUGCUUUUUUCCCGGCAUGUCAUCAUUUGGCACAAACAUGACAACUGGAAGCCAAGGAGCUUCUCGAGAAACACGAGGACCCCAAAGUUUCUCACAAACACCAUCUGUUUGUUCCGGACUCAUGAAGGAAAGCAGAAGCCCGUGGACCCGUCAGGACAGUCACUUGUAAAAAUAAAUAAAUAAAUAAAGACAGACAUGAAAACACGAGCAUGUGAGGAACUGCAGAUGCGCACGGCCUCGGCAUGUUCUCGCGUUCUCUCUUUCUCUCUCUGCCCAGCCGCCAUUUUGAAGUCUACUGCCAAAACACUGUAAAUUAUUAACGGAGAAAAUGUUGUGAAACUGUUCUAACUGUGCAUGUGUCGGUUUCAUGCGUUACAAUGCGGUUUUCUCAAACUUGUCAUCCUCUCUCACGUGUGGAGACGGUUUUGUCUUCUUGUGCUGUUCGUUUGCUAUGUGUUUCUGCAUCUCAAUUGGCUUCUUGAUGUAUCAGGGAUGCAUCAUAAAACUGAGAGCCCCUUUCUUCUAUCCUUUUUAUUUUUCUAUCCUUCGUAGACGAGCCGAAUGGGUCACGGUACAAUGGCAGCCAUUAUGAGCCCAUUCUGGCAGCGUAUGGCUCUUCUACAUGCUUUCUGGAUCCCAUUUGAAAAAUGAAGAACA